UGUGUGGAGCGUAAGGGCAGCUGUGAAAAGGCUUGGAUUCUUGAAUCUAUCCGAAUUAAUUCAGGCAGGCUGUACGCUCUGCAACGAUACAGGUGAAACCAUGGCGAAGAAACGGAAAGGACGAGUUGUUAUUGAUUCUGACUCCGAAGACAGCGCAAGCGACGACAACCUCGACCAGGAGCUGCUGUCGUUGGCAAAGAGGAAGCGGGCUGAUUCAGAGGAACAGGAGGAGCCAGCCAGCAAACCAUCAGCAUCGACAGACUCGGAGACCUCAGACAGUGAUGACGAGUGGACGGUGGGAGGCACAAAGGCCAAGAAGAAAGUUAAGCCAGGGAAAGGAGGGGAAAAGAAAGGAGCAACCAAGAAACAAGUUCACAAAGCCGCGUCAUCUGGCAGUUCAGAUGGAGACAGUUCAGCCGAGAGUUCUGCUCCAGAGGAAGGUGAAGUUUCAGACUCUGACAGUAACAGUUCGUCCUCCAGUUCGGACUCUGAGUCCUCCUCGGAGGAUGAGGAGUUUCACGAUGGCUAUGGAGAGGAUCUGAUGGGAGACGCAGAGGACCGGGAACGUUUGGAACAGAUGACUGAGAAAGAAAGGGAGCAGGAGCUGUUCAAUAGAAUUGAGAAGAGAGAGGUGCUCAAGAGGAGGUUUGAAAUAAAAAAGAAACUGAAAACGGCAAAGAAGAAAGAGAAGAAAGAAAAGAAGAAAAAACAGGACGAGGAGCAGCAAGAGAAGAAGAAGGUCUCUCAGAUUCAAGACACUCAAGUGGUGAUGUCACACAAUAAAGAGCGGAGAUCUAAGCGGGAUGAGAAACUGGAUAAGAAAUCACAAGCCAUGGAAGAGUUAAAGGCUGAAAGAGAGAAAAAGAAAAACAGAACAGUUGAACUUUUAUCAAAGAAGCAGCCGCUUAAAACAAGUGAGGUUUACUCGGAUGAUGAAGAGGAGGAGGAUGACGAUAAGUCCAGUGUGAAGAGCGAUCGAUCCUCAAGGUCAUCCUCAUCCGAUGAGGAAGAAGAGAAAGAAGAGACCCCGCCUAAAUCUCAACCAGUUUCCCUCCCGGAUGAGCUGAACAGAAUCAGGCUAUCCCGUCACAAACUGGAGCGUUGGUGUCACAUGCCAUUCUUUGCCAAGACGGUAACAGGCUGCUUCGUGAGGAUAGGCAUUGGAAACAGUAGCAGUAAACCAGUAUACAGGGUUGCUGAAAUUGUUGAUGUUGUAGAAACGGCGAAAGUUUACCAGCUAGGAACCACUAGGACAAAUAAAGGUCUACAGUUACGGCAUGGCAACGAUACACGAGUGUUCCGGCUGGAGUUUGUCUCAAACCAGGAAUUUACAGAGAAUGAGUUCAUGAAAUGGAAAGAGGCGAUGAUAAUCGCAGGAAUGCAGGUCCCCAAUUUGGAUGAAAUCACCAAAAAGGAACAUGCCAUUAAAGAAGCAGUCAAUCACAAAUUCAAUGAUAAGGACAUUGAAGAUAUUGUAAAAGAGAAAGAUAGGUUUCGUAAGGGACCUGCAAAUUAUGCCAUGAAGAAAACCCAGCUUCUGAAGGAGAAGGCCAUGGCAGAAGAGUCUGCAGAUUCUGAAAAAGUGAAGCGGAUUCAGAAUGAGCUGGAAGAGCUGGAGGAGAGAGCAGAGGCCCUGGACAGGCAGAGAACCAAAAAUAUAUCUGCCAUCAGUUACAUUAACCAAAGAAACAGAAGUUGGAACAUUGUUGAGUCUGAGAAGGCACUUGUGCUUGAGGGGCAAAAUGCAAAGAACCAACAGAUGGAUCCCUUCACAAGACGUCAGUGCAAACCCACCAUGGUGUCCAAUGCCAGAGAUCCUUCUGUUCAUGCUGCAAUCCUUGCUCAUCUGAACCAGAAAUAUGGCUCUGAUUCCACACCAGACAACCCUCAAGAAACAAGUAAAAUGGGUCUCGGUUGUAAGGAUAAAGACGUUGCCAAAACCAAUAGUGACCUAUCUGAGGAUCUUUUCAAAGUUCACGAUUUUGAUGUCAAGAUUGACCUUCAGGUUCCAAACACAGAAGCUAAAUCCUUGUCAGUGAGUUCCAACAUCCCACCAGUAAAGCAUGGUGCACCCAGGAGGUCACUCAAUUUGGAGGAUUACAAGAAGAGGAGGGGGCUGAUCUGAGCCUGGACAGUCUGCAGUUUACCUUGCAUGUGUCGGUCAUUGGGCUAGGACCUCAGUCAUACAUUAUGAACUACAUCAUGGACUUUGUCCACCUGGGAGAGAACAGACUCUUGUUGAUGUAAAGGAUACACCUGUGCUUUUUUAUUUUUUUAAUAUAUAAAAAAGUCUAUUUGCAUACUGUGCAGAGUUGCACUUUUUUCCUUUUUUUUUUUUUUUUUUUUUUUGGUCCUUGCAUUGUUUCUGUAUUGCAUAACACAGUACAUCAAAAUGGACUAAUGAAACACCUCCAGCUUCACAGAAGAAAAGGUUUAACCAAGAACCUAUUUUAAAUGGAAGUCAAGAGGUCUAACUUAGAAUGUGAUAGGUAUGUUUUUAUGUGUCAAUUCUUUGUUGGUUUCUUGCCUACAGCACCUCCUUGCUGUAAAAAAAAAAAAAAAAAAAAAAAAAAAAAAAAAAAAAAAAAAAAACGAAAACCUACAUUAUGGAUACUAGAUGUCAAUUGUAGCACCCAACAGAAGUGCUUGAACAUCCUGAUUUGUAGUUGAGACCUGUGUCUUAGAGGUCCUAAGGGUAUCCUGUAGUGGAGUGGUACUUGCGUGUGACUGUUCCAGUCCUUUUCAAUCCAGGACCUUGUUCUAACCAGGUCUUUUAAACACUUCAUUGAAGUCCGAAGUCUCUGGGCAACUUCAGCUCUGUAUUUAAGGUCAUGGUUGGAACAAGAUCCUGGACUGUUUCAAGAGUCGCAAGUGAAUACCACUGCUCCAGUCAUUUCUACAUUCAGAAACAAUUUUUAGAAGUAGUGCUGUACAGUGAUGGUCCCCUUUUUUUAUAUAUAAAAUAAAUGAAAAUUGAAUGUUCGAGAGUUGUAUAUUUACAUGUGAAUUAAGAUAUACCUCCAUACACUAGUUCAUUUACUUGUAGGUGUGACAUACCUUGUAAAUAUGCAAUUCUGAUGGGUGCUACUCAAUAAUAAAAAAUACUUUUUCAUAACAUUUGUUUUGUUGCUUUAUCACUACUUUAUAAAGGGUUUUUUCAAAAAAAAAGUUUAUAUAGCUUUUACAUCAGAACUAGGUCAAUUAACAAAUCCCAAAAAGCAUAUUUAUAUAAAGGUUGAUGUUUAAAUUAACGUCCUUUAGCAUGGCAAAACAGCAUAUGUAUCCUUAAGGAUAUGACCGUACAUGUUGCUACCCGCCCAUCACGUGGUCGUGAUCUUUUAAAAGGAGCUGUCAUUCCAUGUUAUGCAGUCAUUAGGUAUACCCUGCAACAGUGUAGGGCACAAAUGGAACACUUCUAUGAAAUUUUAAAGAAUGCUGCACCUGCACUGCAGGAAUAUUAAGAGUAUCCCAGGUUUUUGAGUACAAUUCUAAUAUAUAGUAGGAUCCAGACAUUGUUGUUUUGAUGUAUUUUAUGUACAACUUAGAUUAUUUGUUAUACAUAAUUAUGCAUUAAUGUGUCAUUGCGAUGUUAAAAAAAAAAAAAAAAAAAAUUGUCUGAGAAAUGUUUCUACUGUAAGAGGCCUAAUUAAGUAACCAGAAAUCCAUACAACCUCAGCUAAGUUUUGUGGCUGCGGUAAAACUAGUAAAAAUGAUAAAACUGCAUCUGCCAUCUAGCCUGUUUCUUCAAUGGCUUGCAUUUUAGCACCUCUCUGCAUUAAUCAUCUACUGCAGGCCUUACUGUUGCUUGUACUAGUGACUUAAUAUAGUAACGAAUUGUGUGUAGUUUGAGAGUUCUUGUCAUGUGAGGGAGAAUUUGAGAAGUGAAAUCUUCACUUUCAGCAGAAGAGAUACUUUCCUCAAUUUGUGAAAUUGGAAAUGCCCAAGAUUUGAAAAUAAUCCCGCCCUGUUACCGAAGAUUACAUAGAUGUACAAUACAGAAUGCUGUUAUCACCCACUGCCUUCAUUUAUUAACCCAUGUGUGCUGACACACUCUCUCUCUGGGUUUUGCCCCACUUAAGGUUUCAUCACAGUGGUGAAUUAUUUGUUAUCCAAUUAUGUAUUCUUCAGGUUUCCACACUGGCAUCCUCCCAGCCUGUAUGGAUAGUUGAAGUCUUACUGUACCUGCAAUUCUGCUGCAGCAUUUCUUGCAUUGUUGUUGGCAACACAGGGCCAGCAUGGUGACUAAUAUUCAAACAGAUGAAGAAAUUCAGAAUGAUUGGUGUUCGUGGUUUUGAUGCCCAAUCUAUUCAUCUCAGGAACUUUUUAAAUAUCAUGAUAUCCCUGAAUAGAUAAUGGUCUCCUACUCUCUUUAUAUAUAUAAAUAUGGACAGAUUUCAAUAUAUAGCGACGCUCUAAAGUAUGAUUCUCAUUAAAUUAACGAUUUAUUUAAAAUUUAUGAAACUACAUUAAAAUGGCAAUAUGUUAAAUGCCACAAAUGUUUUUAUUGUGUUUGAGUUAUGAUAAUCCGUUGUAGGCAAAUUGUUCAUCAAUCAUCCCUAGUAGUUUCUGUAACAUGCUUUUUGCUGGAGUCGGGUGGAAGCCUUCAGCUAUUAAAGUUGUUUGGGGCAUUAUCUGUGUUUGCUCCUAGA